GAGGGAGGUCUCGCGUGAGGAGACGACCACGCGGGCCCGGGGCGCGAGGCAGGUGUGAGGGCGCGCGGAGGGCGGAGCCCGCGUGUCCCCGCCGCCGCCUCCACCGCCGCCAUGAGCCACAUCCAGAUCCCGCCCGGGCUCACGGAGCUGCUGAAGGGCUACACGGUGGAGGUGCUGCGGCGGCGGCCGCCAGACCUCGUCGACUUCGCCAUCGACUACUUCACGCGCUUGCGCGAGGCCCGCGCCCAGGGCCCAGGCCCGGUCCCGGCCGGAACCCUGGCUGCCCCGACACCUCCCGCUGCCGCCGCCGCAGCGCAGGCGCUGGAGGAGGAGGAGCCAGCGGGCCUGGGCGGCGUCACCGAGGCGGAGGGCGAGGGUGAGGGCGAGUCCGAGGAGGAGGAGACGGCGGAGGUUCCCCCUCGCAGUACAGCCAAGGGUCAGAGUCGUCGAGAAGCCGUGUGUGCGGAGGGCUACGACCCUGACGCCGAAGAGGAGGGGGAUGCGGAACCCAGGGUGGUUCACCCUAAAACCGAGGAGCAGAGGCACAGGCUCCAGGAAGCUUGCAAGCACAUCCUCCUGUUCCGGAACCUCGACCAGGAGCAGCUCUCCGAAAUCCUCGACGCCAUGUUCGAGAAGGUGGUCAACCCGGACGACCACGUGAUCGACCAGGGAGACGACGGCGACAACUUUUACGUCAUCGAGCGGGGCACGUACGACAUCCUGGUCACCAAGGACGACCUCACGCGCUCCGUCGGGCAGUACGACAACCGCGGCAGCUUCGGGGAGCUCGCCCUCAUGUACAACACGCCGCGGGCCGCCACCAUCGUGGCCACGUCCGAGGGCGCCCUGUGGGGCCUGGACCGGGGCACCUUCCGGAGGAUCAUCGUCAAGAACAACGCCCAGAAACGCAAGAUGUUCGAGUCGUUCCUCGAGUCGGUGCCCCUCCUGCAGUCCCUCGAGGCGUCGGAGCGGAUGAAGAUCGUGGACGUGAUCGGCGAGAAGAGCUAUAAGGACGGGGAGCGCAUCAUCGCCCAGGGCGACAAGGCCGAAAGCUUCUACAUCGUCGAGUCCGGCGAGGUGAGCAUCCUGAUCCGGACCAAGACCAAAGGCUUGGCCAAGGACGGCGGCGGCGGGGCCCAGGAGGUGGAGAUCGCCCGCUGUCACAAGGGCCAGUACUUCGGGGAGCUGGCCCUGGUCACCAACAAGCCCCGCGCCGCCUCCGCCUACGCCGUGGGCGACGUCAAGUGCCUGGUGAUGGACGUGCGCGCCUUCGAGCGGCUGCUGGGGCCCUGCAUGGACAUCAUGAAGAGGAACAUCACCCACUACGAGGAGCAGCUGGUCAAGACGUUCGGCUCCAAUGUGGAUCUGACCGACCCCGGGCUGUAGGUGGGCCUGCCGCCGCACCCACCCCAGCGUCUUCUCGGCGUGACCCCCGAACCCGACG